GUCUCCAAACAAGUUAACAAGGCAAAAUUUGGGUUGAAAUAAACUUGGGAAAUGGGGCUUGGAACAGGGAAUGAUGACUACAGGUUGACACCAACAUCUGAGGAUGAACUCAAAAAGACUAAAAAGGGAAAGAGGAAGAAGGAUGUGGAUGAACUGAAGAAAGAAGUGGAACUGGAUGACCACAAGCUGACAUUGGAUGACCUUUCUCGCAAAUAUGGCACCGACAUGAUCAAGGGCUUGUCUUCUUUUCGUGCAAAAGAGAUCCUGGAGCGUGAUGGGCCGAAUGCAUUGACCCCACCUCCUACAACUCCACAAUGGGUGAAGUUCUGCAAACAGCUCUUCGGUGGUUUCCAAACUCUGCUGUGGUUUGGUGCAUUCCUUUGUUUCUUAGCAUAUGGAAUCCAGGUUGCAUCUGUGGAAGAAGCGGCACAUGACAAUCUGUACCUGGGACUUGUGCUUGCGUUUGUUGUCAUAGUCAAUGGAUGGUUCUCAUUCUAUCAGGAAUCCAAGAGUUCUAAAAUCAUGGAAUCUUUUAGGAAUCUUGUUCCACAGCAAGCUCUAGUUGUGCGGGAUGGAGAGAAAAAGGUCAUCAAUGCUGAGGAGGUCGUUGUGGGUGAUCUUAUAGAGGUCUGUGGUGGAGACAGAAUCCCUGCUGAUCUGCGUAUUGUCUAUGCACAAGGAUGCAAGGUGGACAACUCUUCCCUCACUGGUGAAUCUGAGCCCCAGUCUCGUUCUCCUGACUUCUCCCAUGAAAACCCUCUAGAGACAAAAAACAUUGCGUUUUUCUCUACCAACUGUGUUGAAGGUACUGCCAGAGGGAUUGCCAUCAGCACCGGUGACCGCACUAUUAUGGGUCGCAUUGCAUCACUUGCCUCCAGCCUGGAAGGUGGACAAACACCAAUUGCUAGGGAGAUCGAGCACUUCAUCCACAUUAUCUCUGCUGUGUCUAUUUUCUUGGGUGUGACCUUCUUCAUCCUGUCCUUGAUCCUUGGAUAUGCAUGGAUUGAAGCAGUUGUUUUCCUUAUUGGAAUCAUUGUUGCUAAUGUACCUGAAGGUCUACCUGCCACUGUAACUGUGUGUCUGACUCUCACCGCCAAAAGAAUGGCAAAGAAGAACUGCCUGGUGAAGAAUCUUGAAGCAGUGGAGACUCUCGGUUCAACCACUACUAUUUGCUCUGACAAAACUGGAACUUUGACCCAAAACCGAAUGACCGUCGCUCACAUGUGGUUCGACAACCAGAUUCAUGAAGCAGACACCACAGAGAACCAGAGUGGCACCUCCUUUGACAGAAGCUCUCCUACUUGGGCGGCCCUUGCGCGUGUUGCUGGCCUCUGCAACCGUGCCGUCUUCCGUGCUGAGCAAAGCCAUCUCCCAGUCCUUAAUAGAGAGACAGCUGGUGAUGCCUCAGAGUCUGCCCUCCUGAAGUGUAUUGAGCUGUGCUGUGGUUCAGUCACUGAAAUGAGAGAGAAGUACAAAAAGAUUUGUGAGAUUCCGUUCAACUCCACCAACAAGUAUCAGCUCUCAGUCCACAAGAAUCCCAGUUCUUCUGAGACUAAACAUCUGCUGGUGAUGAAGGGAGCACCUGAAAGAAUAUUGGACAGAUGCUCCACAAUUUUAAUUCAUGGAAAAGAGCAGCCUAUGGAUGACGAAAAUAAAGAUUCUUUUCAAAGUGCUUAUGUGGAACUCGGAGGUCUUGGAGAAAGAGUCCUGGGCUUCUGCCAAUUUAACCUGCCUGAUGACCAGUUUCCUGGGGGUUUUGCAUUUGAUCCUGAAGAUGUUAACUUUCCCACUGAGAACCUGUGCUUUCUUGGUCUCAUGUCCAUGAUUGAUCCUCCUCGUGCCGCCGUACCAGAUGCUGUGGCCAAGUGCCGGAGUGCUGGAAUCAAGGUCAUCAUGGUUACCGGUGACCAUCCAAUUACAGCUAAAGCUAUUGCAAAGGGUGUUGGCAUCAUCUCAGAAGGCAAUGAGACUGUUGAAGACAUUGCCGCUCGCAUGAACAUCCCUGUUGGAGAGGUUAAUCCAAGAGAGGCUAAGGCCUGUGUGGUCCAUGGUGGAGAACUGAAGAAUAUGAAUGACAGUGACCUGGAUGAGAUCCUCCGUUAUCACACAGAAAUUGUGUUCGCCAGAACUUCUCCACAACAAAAGCUGAUCAUUGUGGAAGGUUGUCAAAGACAGGGUGCCAUUGUAGCUGUAACCGGUGAUGGUGUCAAUGAUUCUCCAGCUCUGAAGAAGGCUGAUAUUGGUGUGGCUAUGGGUAUUUCUGGAUCUGACGUAUCCAAACAGGCUGCUGACAUGAUCCUUCUGGACGACAACUUUGCCUCAAUUGUCACUGGAGUAGAAGAAGGUCGUCUGAUCUUUGACAACUUAAAGAAGUCCAUUGCCUAUACACUGACUAGUAAGAUCCCUGAGAUGUCACCCUUCCUCAUGUUUGUUGUUGUUGGUAUUCCUCUACCUUUGGGAACAGUCACCAUUCUCUUCAUUGACCUGGGCACUGACUUGAUUCCUGCUAUCUCCUACGCCUAUGAAAAUGCAGAAAAUGACAUCAUGAAACGGCAACCCAGAAAUGCUCAGAAGGAUAGGCUUGUGAAUGAGAGGUUAAUCAGUAUGGCAUAUGGUCAAAUCGGUAUGAUCCAGGCAGUAGCAGGGUUCUUUACCUAUAUCACGGUUAUGGGCGAGAAUGGAUUCAGACCCUCUUAUUUGCCGGGACUUCGGGUUGGCUGGGAAGAUAGAUCUAUUGGUGAUCUGGAAGACAGCUAUGGCCAACAAUGGACCUAUGAAGCCAGAAAGAUUAUAGAGUCUACAUGCCACACAGCAUUCUUCAUUAGUAUUGUGGUUGUGCAAUGGGCUGACUUGCUCAUUGUUAAGACCAGGAGGAAUUCCAUCUUGCAGCAGGGAAUGAAAAAUAAGGUCCUGAUCUUUGCUUUCUUUGAGGAAGGUGCUCUAGCAGCUUUCUUGUCUUACUGCCCGGGCAUGGACAUUGCAGUCAGAAUGUAUCCUCUAAGACCACUGUGGUGGUUCACUGCCUUACCAUACGCACUUAUCAUCUUUUUCUAUGAUGAAAUCAGAAAAUACAUCCUACGACGGAAUCCAGGAGGCUUUGUGGAGAAAGAAACGUACUACUGAAACAAGAAGACCUUCUACUGCACACUUAUGUUCAGAGACUCUCAAAGAAAAGAUCAAAGCGAUACAGAAUCUGGUGUUUUUCAGCAAAUAAAUUUAACACUGAAUGGA